ACACAAUUCAUCCCAGGAAGAUCUAAAAGAUGGCGUCAGAAAAAUAUGAUAAUGAAUUAACGGAAAAUGAAUUGGCCAAAUUAUAUACUUAUACACAGACAAUACAAGUUGGAGAAGAGAAUUUAAAGACCGAUGAUGCCAUCAAAAAUGCAGAAUCCCAUAUCCAUGGCUACAUCCAGAAUGCUUUAAAUGAUCACAGCUUAAGCAGUGAAGCUCACCCCAACAUACAAAUCCCUUUCUAUGAUGCACGUUUAAAUAUUGAGAAAAAUGAUGGCAACUACACGCGCAUAUACACGAUCAACUUUAACAUUCUCUCUAUUAAGUUUUGGAACGAUAAAGUAAGAAAGAAACUGGUUGGUUUAUAUUUCGGAGCUCUCCUACAAAAUGUUACCUCAGCGAAACUAGUGUCUGAAAGAGUUGUCGAAUUACUGAAAGCAUUUAAACGUGACCCAACUUCAUACGAUGCUCUUACUCAUGAUGUAGAGCCCGGAUGUUCCAAUAUUCCAGGAGAUAACUGUUGGGAAAAGUUUUUGAGUUACUGGCUAGUUGUUCCACGGGUGCAGUGGGAUUUCUUCGAUCUUCUUUACCAGAUGUAUACUUUCGAUAUUUUCCAUCAAGGUGUUAUACCAAAAUAUGUACAUGUUUUCACUAUACCAACGAAUGUUAUGCUUUCGAUGAUGUUCUUGGUCCAGUUCAACAUGCCAUCCUUAGGGGAACUCCGAUAUGGAAAUGCAUUUGCUGUUAACUUUGCACUUGUUUUAUUUUUCGUCCUAGGCGUGGCAUACAUAAUCAUGGGAAUCCUUCGGAAGAGUUGGGCGUGGGGUGUUGCAACAUUCCUGGUCCUGGGAGUUUUAAACAUGACUGGAAAUCUUUGGUAUUACAGUUAUCGUACCAAAGAUAACUCAUGGUACAACCCAACCAAUCUGUAUACGCAUCCGUUAAUUUGGAGCUACGCAAUUUCUUUAAUACAGGCUUCGUCGCAUAUGGCUGUUCCGUAAAUGCCACCAAACAU